AUGCCGUGGGCUGCGGACGUGGGCGAUGCUCUCCAGCUAAUCACUUACUUUGGUCUGGCGAUGGCGGUAUACCCGGCUUUCUUCGCACUGUACCCCACGGUAGAACGUCUUCGCAACGUACGAGGACUGCACUACAGUAACGGCGUUCGCCCGGCACCACUGUGGGCAGCCUACACCAUGUUCGACUUCUGCAUCGUGUUGGUCUCGAGCGCCAUUGCCGUCAUUGUGUUCCGAGCGGUCUCAUCAGCAUUCUACCAUAUCGGCUACCUCUUUCUGAUAUUCUUCCUAUAUGGCUUGGCGUCGACUUUGCUGGCAUACUGUGUCUCGUUGAUCUCGACAAGUCAGUUGGCCGCCUUUGCCUGGGAUGCGGGUGGACAGUGUGUCAUGUUCUUGCUAUACUUCAUUGCCUUCAUGUCAGUUUUGACAUAUGCGCCAGCCUCCAACGUCGACAGUUUGCUGAAUGUCUGCCAUUUCACGAUUGGUGCGAUCUCGCCAGUUGCAAAUUUGACCAGAGCCAUGUUCGUGGCUCUCAACAUCUUCAGCGUCACAUGCACGGAUCGAUCACUGAAGUCUCCAGGCGAUAUGACUGCAUACGGUGGUCCAAUACUGUACCUGAUACUGCAGUCGAUCUUCCUCUUCGGUGUGCUGCUUCUCGUGGACUCAGGGUCGCCACUCCGUCGGUUCCGCAACAAGCAGAAGUCCGCCGAGCUCGAGGAGAAGGACACGCUCGAACCAGAAGUCAGUCACGAGCUGACAAGAGUGACAUCGAGUCGAGACGGUCUACGAGUUCUGAACAUCACCAAGCGCUUCAAGAGGAAUCUUGCAGUCAAUAACGUCACGUUCGGUGUGCCUAAAUCAGAAGUUUUCGCCCUGUUAGGACCCAACGGUGCGGGCAAGUCGACACUGAUAUCCCUCAUUCGUGGUGACCUUCGACCUAGUCAGAGAGGUGGCGAAAUUCUCGUGCAGGACAUCAGUGUACUUCGCACGCGUGCAGCUGCUCGUUCUCAGCUCGGAGUCUGUCCACAAUUCGACGCUAUGGAUCGUAUGACUGUUGCGGAGCAUCUACAGUUCUACGCCAAGAUUCGUGGCGUCGAGAAUCCAGCUCACAAUGUCACAGCAGUGAUGCAAGCUGUCGGUCUCACAUCCUAUGCAGACCGUAUGGCCGAGAAGCUAUCUGGCGGCAACAAGCGCAAGCUCUCUCUGGGCAUUGCACUAAUGGGUAACCCAGCAGUGCUCCUGCUUGACGAGCCGUCCAGUGGCAUGGACGCAGCCAGCAAACGAGUCAUGUGGCGGACUCUGGCCUCGGUCGUACCUGGCCGAUCCCUGGUCCUGACUACACAUUCCAUGGAAGAAGCGGACGCUCUAGCAAAUCGAGCAGGCAUUCUAGCUUCUAAGAUGCUGGCACUUGGUACGACAGACUAUCUGCGACGUAAGCACGGCGACGCAUACUACGUGCACAUCGUCCACAAGAACGCGCCACAUUGCAGCGAGCAAGACAUGGCAGCUAUUCGCGAGUUCGUGCAAGAACAGUUCCCAACCGCCAAGAUCGAGCGCGAGGUGUAUGGUGGACAGCUACGCUUCACCAUGCCUCUCAACCACAGUAUCGUCGAGGACGAGAAGAACUGCGGUGUCGUGGCCGUAGCUGGUGCGUCGAGGACGACCACGUCUGAUAGUAUCAAUGGUCCCGGCAAUAUCGCGGCGCUGUUCGGCGCGCUGGAGAAGCAGUCUGAGGCGCUGGGUGUGGAGUACUACAGUGUGAGUCGCGCGACGCUGGAUCAGGUGUUCUUGAGUAUUGUUGGCAAGCAUAACGUCGAAGAGGAGGGCGCUGCGAAGGCUGCGGAGGGAGGAGUCAAGAAUCGGAAGUGGCUAGGAAUUCCGUUUGGGAAGCGUCUGCCUAUAUGA